UCACCACUCUCCUCAAAUCUUUUCUAGAUGUCCUGCCUCCUUCUCUCUCUCUCUCUCCCUCACUGUGUUUACAGCCAUGGAGAGCGUUGCAUAUCUGACAUUACUCGCUCAAACUCCAACCAGCCCUGUCCUCAUCUGGAAGAGAGAAGAGAACCAGGACUGAACCGGUCCAGUCCAGAAUCUGCAGACAACUACUGCCCGCUCAUCUGGUGACGUCAAUCUGACCCACUCAGUCCGGCUCGUUCCAGUCCACCUCCCACGGGCCCAGCAGCCUGACCAAACGCCUUCCUCCCACUCCAGCCAGUCCAUCAAAAUCUAGCCGCACCGGUGUCCCCAUGGAGCGCGUUCAGCACAUGACCAAGUCGGCCAUCCGCCGAGCGUCUCAGAUCGAAGUCAACCCACAGGCCAAGCGGAACCUGCAGGAGCUGUUUGUCAACUUCACCCUCAUCCUCAUCUGUCUGCUCCUCAUUUACAUCAUCGUCCUGCUGAGCAGCUGAGAACAGCGGCGCCACAGAGAGUUUGGCCCCGCUGUACAGUGGAAGACGGCUCGGCUGACAUGAGCGAAAAACACAACAUCAUCCCUAUUUAUCAGCCUAACCCUCUUUGACAACAGCCGUAAAGAUCACGGAGGUAGUAAUACAACUCCUUCUCGAGCCAAACUCUCAGUAUGUGGCUAAGCUCCAGUGUGACGUGUCCAUGAAAACUGAUUAGGGAUCAGCUCCUGUAUCUCGAGAGAAUGAUCCGAAGUGACCCGACCUCCAAGGUUUAAACUUCACUGGUACACUGUGCGUGCAUUGUGUGGUGCAUGACUUUGUCCUCUGCUUAAAUUAUAGCGUAUAUAAAACGCGUGUGUUGCUGAAUUCUGUAUGUAUAUAAUUCUUCACUCUGUUGAACUUCUAUUUUCCCAUGAAUCCUGUUCCCUCCCUCGCUGUUCAGCGGGAGGAAAACAUGCUGGAAACUAUUUUUCCCAUGAGUAUUUUCCCUUCGUUCCCUCAUUUGCUAGUGCCAGAAUCCACACCCAGCAGCGAGACGGAGCAACGUGCUGAAUCUACAUGACACACUACAGUCUAUACGUCUAGGCUUUAGAACUAACUACUGCCAUAUGGGACGGCUGCAGCCACGGCCGCCUGUCAAGUCAAUCAGUUUACCAGUAGGAUCCAGAGCAGUUCUGUAGCACAUCUCACACUGCACUCAGCGUGAGCCAUUUUUGAUUAUUAUAGCAUAUAACACUUAAUAUAAUCACCCCGAGUACUGUUGGUGUCUGAAGCAUGUGAAGCAGGGAUUGAGUGCAGCUUGACUGCAGCUGUUUGUGAUGGGCUACAUGCAGAUAUCACUAUGUCAAGUACAGGCUACUCAGUGAUCAGUGAACAUCUACUGGCAACAGUUGAGUGCGAAUAGAAAGCUUCAAGCAGUCAGUCACAGUCCCUGAUAUAGCAGCUGUGACGCUCGUGCACGCGUACAGUGCACGAGCGUUGGCGGUUUAUCGGUCACUUUGCAUGGUGUGAUUUAUUCCUGCUCAGAUUUAAAAUGUCUCGUUGACAGUUUUGGUUUGUUUGGCAGCUACGGUGCAGAAAGUCUAUCAAGUUAGCACAAAACAACCGUGUCAUUGCUUCAGCAAAGUACCAGGCUCAUUUACGUAAAAUGCUCCUUCACUAUACUGUACUUGAAAAUGUAACAUGACAAUGUAAUUAGCUUUUCUGUUCUCAUAUAUAUGUAUAAAAAUCUUUAAACAAAACAGCAAAUAAACAGCAUGACAAUUAAAACA